CUGUAACUGGCUUCAUCUCUCAAGCUGGAUGUUUGACUGCUCUAUUCCCUGCAACCAGGAGUCAUGCCAGCCGGACGCACUCUCCUUCCGGGGCCCCUGGCAUCUGGGAGGGAGCCGAGACCACAGCUGUCGAGACCCUGAGCCCGGGGGUUUGCGGCUCUAUCUCAACUGUCUGGCUCAAAGAGGGCCUCCUCCAGCCAUGACCUCCUCACUGCUCCUGGCCUUCCUGUUCCUGGCUCCAGCCACAGUGGCCACUCCCAGAGCCGACAGUCAGUGUCAGGCAUGUGGGAGGCCUGCCUUGGACCCGGACAGCCAGCGGGAGCUGCUUCUUAAUCUGGCCAAGAGAAGCAUCUUGGACAAGCUGCACCUCAGCCAGCGCCCAACACUGAGCCGGCCUGUGUCCCGAGCUGCUCUGAGGACUGCACUGCAGCGCCUCCAAGGGCCCCCACAGGGGGCGCUUCCGGAAGCAGACAGCGGACAGGAGUAUGAGAUCAUCAGCUUUGCUGAGACAGGCCUCUCUAACAUCGACCGGAUUCGUCUUGAUUUCCGCUUCUCUGACGGAACUGCUGGCGGCUUGGAGGUCCAGCAGGCCAGCCUCACGUUCUUCGUGCAGCUCCCUCCCAAUACCACCUGGACUUUGAAGGUGAGGGUCCUUGUGCUGAGCCCACAUGACGCCAACCUCACCUUGGCCACUCAGCACCUGCUGGAGGUAGAUGACGGUGGUUGGCACCAGCUCCUCCUGGGUCCUGAAGCUCAGGCUGCCUGCAGCCAGGGGCACCUGACCCUGGAGCUGGUCCCUGAAGGCCAGGUCGCCUGGAGCCCAGUCAUCCUGGGGGGGGCUGCCCAUAGGCCUUUUGUGACAGCCCGGGUGAGAGUUGGGGGCAAGCACCGGGUGCGCCGGCGAGGCGUCGACUGCCAGGGUAAGUCCAGGAUGUGCUGCCGACAAGAGUUCUUUGUGGACUUCCGUGAGAUCGGCUGGCACGACUGGAUCAUCCAGCCUGAGGGCUACGCGAUGAACUUCUGCACAGGGCAAUGCCCCCUGCACGUGGCAGGCAUGCCCGGCAUUGCUGCCUCCUUUCACACCGCGGUGCUCAAUCUUCUCAAGGCCAACACAGGCGCAGGCACGGCCAGAGGGGGGUCAUGCUGUGUGCCCACCGCCCGGCGCCCCCUGUCUCUGCUCUACUAUGACCGGGACAGCAACAUCGUCAAGACUGACAUACCGGACAUGGUGGUGGAGGCGUGUGGGUGCAGCUAGUCUGUGUGUGGUAUGGGCGGCCUGAGGUGGGGGAGGCAAACGUGCCCUGACGGAGGUGCUCUUCCUUGAGGGGAGGACUGAGGCUCUUCCUGCCUCAGUCCAGGAGAUGGACUCCCUCCUCCUCAGCAACUUAUGGAAAUUCUCCCAAC